AUGCCAUGGAUACAUAAAGUAGGGUUUAUUAGGCGACUACGGUUGCGAUCCACACAGAUUCCUUCUAUACUCAUACUGCAUCGCGACGCUUCCAGCUCUAGUCAGGGUAUCAGCCACGGAGAGCCUGACAUGACUCUCGACCAUCCAAGCAGUGAGGCCUCUUUUUCAUCCAUGCCGUUCCGGCCGCCGCCCUUGCCGGACCCACCGGAUGGCAUUCCCCGGACGACCGAAUUCGAGGCCGAACGCCUGGGUGCCUUUUCCAAGGCGUGGCUGCAAGACGCCUUACCCGCGAUCGAGACGGCGGCCUCGCACCAAAGCCUCUUACCCCAAAAGGAGGUUCUGUGGGAAACCGCACCCCACCUCGCGCUGGAGGCGAUCACGCGCUGGCGGCCUUACCACACGGUCCUGCAGGUGAUCAUGACACACGGCUUUUUCUUCCUGUUGGAGGCCUUGCCCUUUUGUCACGAGGCCCCGAUGCCACACGUGGUCUACGAGGACAUGAUGAAGGCCUUGACCUUUUCCUCCUUACAACGCCCACCGAUGGAGCACUUUGCACUGUCUUCGAAGACCCUCCGAAAUUUAUUGGGCAUGGCGGCAUACUAUUGCAUCCUCGAUCGGCAUUACUUCACCAGCGCCACGCUCCUCUUUCGACGAAUCGAACAGCAGCAGCCGAUCAACGCGGCGGUGCGUUCGGCUUGGGUGUACGUUUGUACGGCGGCGGGGAAAAUCGAAGAGGCGCUUGCGGGUGCCGUUCACCUGGCGGAGCGCGGGCUCGCGUUUGACCCUGAGGUCUUUGCGAUGAUGCAAACCCCUUCUCUAAGCCCGGCAGCAAUCCGGGAAGGGGCCGUCACGCCUCAUCUCGCCAAAGGUCUGAUCAUCCGUCAACGGCUUUGUCGGGGCCUGUCUAGGAUCUACAACGCGGCGACGGUCGCGCUCCAUGCCAUGUUCGUCCACUACACACUGACUCUUCAACACACGACGAAAUGGGAGCUUUUUUCACGCGCGGUCGGACGCCCUGAGGGAUCAUCGUUGUCAGGGCCGACAGGUUUUUUGAUUUUACCGGCGCUGCGGACGCUUCGGUUGGCGCUACAGAUCUUUGCGCAGGAGAAGGGCGUGCGUUGUGGUCCAUUUACAGUGAAGGCCCUUGUUCGUUGCCUCUGCAAUGAAGCAACCGCGUCUAUGGCGGCUGAGGUGACUUUUGUUUUGCUGCGAGUACGGCAAAAUGAGGCGUCGAAGGUUUUUGAAGGAUUACCCUCGACCGCUUUCUCCGAAGAAGAAAUGCAUACCAUUCAGACUGUGGCGCGGCACCGCGCGGAGACCGAUGAAUCGUUUCGUCUAGCGGUUCCUUUGGUGGACCACUUGCUAGCAGACCCCUGCUGGAACGUGCAUCCGCAGCAGCAGUCUUUUCGUAGGAGCAGGAGUGGCAUUUCCAACUCAGAUGUUGCUUUCAAUAUUCACGAUACGCUUUCAUAUCAAGAUGAAAAUGAGCGUACGGAUACAAUAGACCAGCGGCGUGUAGCUUUGCAGAUGAUUUUAUCACAACUUCAACUUAUGGGCCGUACAGCAAGAGAAUCAAUAGAACAAAACGCUUCAGGAAGUAUGGGAAAUUCAGUGACGAGCUCAACAAAGGAAAGCUAUCUUGGUUCUUUUUUGGCGAGGCUUUCUGCACCUUCCCGACCCACUGCGGAUGCUUUUCUUGGUGAAACAUAUUCACCAGGAGGCAGGCCGAUAACGUUUUCGAUGGAAUCGUUUGGUAGUACUUCACCCGAUUUCAGCAUAAUGGUGGACGCAGCUGUGGUGCACAAGUUCGUUCAAACCCUACGAGACUUAGAUCAUCUCUCUAGACCUAGGAAUUCAGCUACAUCUCUUGAGAACCCAACUGCAUCCCUCUCCUUGGAGAGGGAUAGAGAUUUAAUCGAUUAUCCGGGUGUCUAUCGCUUCAAAACGCAAAAUUAUGCUAUCAGUACGCCUAAGAAAAUUAACCAUGUAUUAACUCGCUUCAGCGCGGAUUCUAACCAGGGUUCAUGGACGGAGAAGGUAAUGAAGAUGGAAAUCGAGGAGAAACGAUUAUGGCGACACCUACCGGAUGCUUGGAUGAGCGUUGGGUGA